AUGGCUUUCCAAGACGAGAAUCUUCGCCGACUCGGUCGAGCAGGACGACGCGCUGCCGUAGCUAGUGCUCAAAACACGAUUGCUACGUAUGAAGGAUACGCAUCCAGAAACCCUGCUGAGACAGCUCACGACCACAUUCAGCUGAGACGCAAUCUUUAUACCGACAAGACUUCCACCGACAAAGCUUCGCAGGAGAAGGACAAUGUCCGAAAGAUCGCGCGUCUGAUGGAGCGAGUUGAGGCAUUGGAAGCUGAGAAUCAGGCUUUCAAGAAAAAGAACACCGAGUUUGAGGAUGAAAAUCGGGCUUUGAAGAGAAAGAACGCCGAGUUAGAGGACAGGAAUUGGUCUCUGAGGAGUGAUAACGCUGACAUUGACGACAAGACUUGGUUUCUCAAGAGAAAGGACACUGAGCGCAGAUGA